GCGGCGCCCACGGAGUAACUUAGUAGUUGAAGCUCUCAUUCAAAUAUCGGCCGAAACGCACAGUGAUAAUGAAAUUUUCUUAAAAUAUAAUGUCUCGACUUGUGCUUGUUGGAUUGCGUUCAAAACGGGUUGUGUUCCCGCACAGGGCUUGGCUCUGUGCCUCAGCUCUUCCAUGUGCCGGACCAUUCAACAUUCAAACUGUGAAUAGUUCUACCCAUACAUCACUGUAUGAAACACUAUUUUAUAAAGACUCACCUCCAGUUUGGUUUGCCCAACAAGUACUUGAAACAGGACACGAUUUCACCAAUCUGCCAUGGUGGGCUUCUAUAAUAUUAACCACUUUUGCAUUACGAACUGCGGUGACGCUACCAUUUGCUGUUUAUCAGCAUUACAUCUUUGCCAGAUUGGAACUUUUACAGCCACAGAUUGCGCAAUAUGGAAGGCAGCUACAGGUCUAUGUCAAACAGAAAGAAGUUGAUGAAAAUUGGGGAAAAAAUAAAUCAAGAGUUUAUUUCAAAAUGCAGAUGAAGAAAGUUGUGACUGCGUUGUAUAUUCGUGAUAACAUCCAUCCAUUUAAAGCUAGCCUUCUACUCUGGGUUCAGCUACCUAUGUGGGUAUUCAUAUCAUUUGCAUUGAGAAAUAUGACUGGUGCAUUUCCUGGAAAAGUAGCCCAAGAAUUUGGCCCUUUGGUACCAUCUAUGGCCACUGAGGGCGCUCUUUGGUUUCCAGAUUUAACCUUACCUGAUCCCUUUGUGAUAUUACCAAUCAUUCUUGGAUUGAGUAAUUUACUGGUGAUUGAGAUGCAUGCAUUGAGAUCUACAAAACCAACCAAAUGGCAAGGAAGAAUUACAAACCUCUUCCGCUUUUUCUCAGUUGCUAUGGUACCAUUAGCUGCAUAUCUACCUACAGGCAUGUCUCUGUAUUGGGCAUCAUCGAGUGUAUAUGGACUUGGACAGAACUUACUACUAAAGUCGCCCAAAAUGAGACGAAUUUUUCAGCUUCCACAUGUACCAAGCGAAAGCACCACACCAUACAAGGAUAUGAUGAAGCUGGCAAAAAUAAAGUUCCUGCGACAGUCUGAAAGUAAAUGAUUGCUGGGACAUGCAUGAAGAAUCUGCCGAUGUCCAUUUAAGUUAACUUCUGACAUUUCAUUCACAUUAUUAUAAUAAAGGUUCUUUAAUCACAAGUU